UAAAACCAAACCAAUAACAGUUGAAUUCAUUUGAAACUUUUCUAGUCUGCUUUUGGAUGUGACAUUUUUUUGUAAAUAUUUUGAAGUAGAGAAUUGGCACACAUGAUUUUAACUAUAUUUUUUGUAAUUAAUUAAUAACUGUACUUUAAUCAGUGAAGACUUUUAAUAAAUCUCUUGAAAAUGGAAGUGGACGGCGCCGAAUAUUGCAAUAGUAACUAUUCGGAUGCUGGAAAAUUUGCAAACUUAAAGGCCUUUGUGACUGCUGCUCGUGAAUUUGAAACUACUCAUAGUGAAUCUGCUGUGAAUUUGAUGACUCGAUAUUUGGGACUUGUAGCUUCGUCUUGUGAUUUAACAAUAUUCUCCCCGGGCCGGUCCGAGGUUUGUGCCUUCUUCAGCUCAUUAUGGCGUGUGAUGUGCGACGGUCGAGGUCCACACUGGGCUGGUGUUGCUGUACUGGCACGUGCUGCCAUCGAACCCAGCGCAAGACAUGCUCUGACACAUACAUAUAAAUUCAUGCCAAUCCUUACACGAUUGCUAUCUGACACAAUAUCCAAUGACAAAAAAAUUAAAGUUCUUUCUGUAAUGCAGGAAAUAUCAUAUGGCAUAAAAAUUAGUUGGCAAGAAUCAUAUCUCUCUGGUCUAAUGAAACAGUUAACUGAUUGGAUCUUACAACCAAUGAUGGAGCCUCAAUACAAGAUCAUAGGCCAUAAGUCACUGACUGUGCUUGUGAAUAUGUGCUAUGGAAACUUGCCGGCAAUAUAUGCCUUGAUGAGGAUAGUUGACACAAAGGAUUUUGUGGUGCAUCUCAUUAGCCUUAAGGACGGUGGUUACGGCGGCGUGGCGACGUGCCGAUUGCUGCUGUGCUUGUCGGGCGCGAGUCGCGGCGCGGCUGCCGUCCGCCAGCAAGACGUCCACAGCUACCUCUGCUGCACGCUGCGCACAUUCAACAAGGCCAUCGCUGAAAGAGACGCGACGCAGUUGCUCCAUGCGUAUACAUUCAUCAAUGAUCUAUGUACGGAUAGUAAUCUGAAAACAUACGUACUCACAUAUCCAAAUUUCACGGCCGCACUAAAAGAAGCUUUGAAGGACCUCGAUAACUUGUGCAAGGUGGCAUCUGAUGAUAGUGAAGAACCUGAACAAGCGCAUAGCUGUCUCCAAAAUGCACUCAAGUUCCUUACCGUUGUAGUAAACUUAGAUCUGUAUUCAUUGCGGUGUCAUCACAUCCAGUUGGUUUGUCUGUGUAUGAAAGCUAAUCAAGUCUGCCUCCCGGAGUCCCUCGAGUUGUUUGCCGCUAUUGUGUUACAGUACAAAGAUGAAGGUCGUUUGCCCCAAGAUCUGAUAUCUGUUAUAAGUGACGGCCUGCCCAGUCUAUUAGUGCCGCCAGCGCUGGAGCCAGGCAAAGCAGGGUUGCAAUGGUUACAAGUAGUGGGUGCUUUGUGCGAGACGAGCGAGACACAAGAACGGGUACUCAACGAAGUGACACCAGACACAUUUGAGGACACGCUGUAUAGUGUACUGCAGUAUACAUCCGAAACGGGUGCGCUGGGCGGCGCGGCCGGCCAGUCGGCGGUGGUGGUGUCGUGCCGCAGCGCACUCGCACUGUCGCCGCUGGCCGCACGCUGGCACGACGCACUCGGACGCCUGCUCGCCCACCACCAGGUGCGGAAACUGCUAUGCGCCGGACUCACAGGCGGCAACGGCUCACGUCGUAGACAAAUAUUGCAAUUGGUCAAGCAUCAUUACUUUCCUUCCGAUCAGAUGAAUCAGAUAUUCGGCGAGAGUCUGCAAGGCAUAUCGGAUAUAAGCAGCGAGUGUGGAACACCUCGCGAGAUGGAAGCUGCGGGCGAGUGUUGCACGCAGAGACUUGCGCCGGCGCAGGAGCACGCUAUAGACGCGCUCGUCACGCAACUAGCGGACGCGUUACACGGCGGGAAGAUAACGGACAUUGCUACAUCCAGUGUUAUGGAGCUGUACGGGUACAAGAUGACAUGUUUGGAGCAGAGGUUACAUUCGCAAUCGGUAGCGUUGCAGGGCGCCAGCGAGCACAUGGCGUCAUUACAACACGCACUCGCUAUGUUACAAGCGACGAAUACCUCACAACAGGACGUGCUUUACACCACGCAGAUGCAAAAUGAAAAACAUAAAAAAACAAUAGAGGAGCUACACAAACAGUUGGAGGAUGCGGAAAUAACGCUGCGAGGGUUCCGCGCCAAGUUAGCGGCCGAGAAGUUGGACAAAGAGAAUCAAAAGGAGAAUUUGCAGAAGGACUUCAAGCUGCAGCUAAGUAAUAUAGAGAAUGAGAUGAAAGUUAGAGAAAGAGAGGCGGAAGACAAAGUACGGCAGGCAGACGCCGAGAAUAAAGCCUUACAAAAGAAAUUGGAACAACAGACAAACAAAAACAGUGAGUUAGCGGGCGUCCUGAUUAAGUUCGAGGAGCGUGUCAAACAGCGCGACAAACGACUGGAAGAUGCAGCCGCGGCUGAAACAGCGCUGAGACGGGACCUCGAGCAUAAGGACACGAUGAUAAAACAAUUGGAGAAGACCGUAGCGGAACGCGAGAACCGUCUGUAUCAAGUGACGUCACAGCUGGAGGAGAUGAAACGCGUCCAGGAGAUGGUGGCCAAGUUGAUGAGCAAGAGUGCAUCCACCACCAACAGCUAACAGUUGAUACAGCGAUCGUGACACUUCAAAUGUAGAGAAACACUGUGGAUGAGAGAUCUCGACAAAAUUAUAGCAAGUGAAGAGAUUUAGUCAAAUAUUAAUUUUAUACUAUAAAACAGAUAUCAAUCAUGUAUUUUCAUAUUGUUUAUAAACUUCAUAUUGAGUAUAUGAAUGUGUAAUGUAUUACCUGAAUGGAAUGUGUAUGGAAAUUAUGUCUAAUGUAUAUUUUAACAACUUGGGACCAAUAAACACGAAGAUUGG